AAUUCUAGAGUGGGCCAAUGAUUGUUGCAGCUUGUUAUUAUAUAUUUUUUGUUGGCUCUUGUGUACACUUGGAAACUUUAUUCAGUUGUUUGCUGACUGGGAACAUGAAGUGUGUAAAGGACAGGGUUUUUUUUCAUCACAGUGGUGGCAAUGUGCUAAGUUUUGUGUAUUAGAUGUGUUUUGUUUUUUUUUCUACUUGUUUUAUUUGUUUUAUUUUAUAUUCUCAUGCAUUAUUUUUUUUAUGUUGUUUUGGUACAUUUAUGUGCCUCUUAUAUCAUUUUUAAAUUUACCUUAACAAAUAAUCUGACCCAGAAUCAUGAACCAGGAUACAUUUAUAAACGUGAAUGCGCGCGCACACGUUACGCGUGUGUGUAACGUUCGGCUUGUAGUUCCACGGUCUGACUCAUGACGCGAAUAGAACGUUGACGCAACAAUCACAUCUCGUGCGUUUUAGAUUUCACUGCUUUAGAAACAAACUAACUCUCAACUGCUACAAACGACCAACGUGUUGAUCCGCUGAGAAAUCAUGUCACGAAAAAGCAUCCGACUGGAAACCUCCAGAUACUACAACAAUAACGGAGAAUCAUCAGUUACCUACAGGGAGACGGUGUAUCGGAUUUUCCUAAGUCGUAAGGCUCUUGGCUGUUCUCAGCCCGAAGGAAGAGAGACCCCCGUCAACGGGAAUGGCAACCGCCGCUUUGUCUUCCUUAUACUCCCCCUGUGUUUAGGAUUAGCAUUCUUGACUCUUAUGCUGAGCAGCAACUUUGUGGAUGCAGGACUCUCCAAAUCACCUGUCUCACCUCUUCUGAAGACCCUGGACCCAGCUGCACAAUGCGAAGAGAUGGAGAGGCAGGUGCGAGAGCUGCAGAACGAGCUGCUGGGGUUAAAGACGCAGAUGAACUACCUCCACCCAGUGGCAGACACUCUAGCCAACUUUGCUCUCGAGUCAUUGGGAGCAAAAGUGUUUCCUCAUCUGUCGUCAAAAUCGUUCCAGACCAAAGAGACGUCCAUGAUGUUUUUUGGAAUACCUUUAAGGCAGCAGCCCGUCCCCCCGCAGACUGUCCUUCAGGGACACUCGCCUCUGCUUCCGGGUCGCUGCUGGGCAUUUGCGGGCGGGCGGGGACAUUUGUUCAUCGCCCUCUCCCACCGAGUCACCAUCAGCCAUGUGACACUAGGUCACAUCUCAAAGAACUUGUCACCAACUGGCACCGUUACCACCGCCCCGAGGGAGUUUUCAGUCUACGCCAUGGAGAAUCUGGGCGACGAGGAAACCAACCUAGGAACCUUUCUUUAUGAUCAGGACGGGGACCCUGUACAGACUUUCAAAAUACCUGAUAACAAACGAGGCGUCUUCAACCACGUGAAGCUGCACGUCGAGAGCAACUGGGGCCACCCUGACCACUCCUGCCUGUACAGCUUCAAGGUCCAUGGAAAACUGGCAGUGGACUGAAGAGCAAAGGACGACAACGAACAGCAACAACAGCCGCCCCUCUGUGACUCGUGUGUUUUGAUGUUAAACAGAAAACAUGUCGGUGUCCAGUAGAAUCACUAAUAAGUAAAAAUCCAAAUGCA